CAUUCUUUUUAUAGUUUUUCGUCGGAUACCAAUUGCAGAAAAUGUAUAAAGUCAAAGAGUUUUUUUUUUUGAUCGGGCUCUUGUGGAUGAGUCUUGCUAAUUUUCUAUCUGCAAGCCAGAGAUGUAUUCAGGAUUCGAUGAUCAUUCAUCAUCGUGUAGUUUCCCAUUUGCAAAGAUGUUCGAGGUUAUCAGAAUUGAAAGCGGUUCAUGCAACCGUCGUCAAAGGCGAUCUCUGCAACGAUGGACGUGUUGCAACCCAGCUUCUUGGUGCUUGUUCUUCAGUUGGGAUGAUGGAUUAUGCGGUUUUGAUCUUUGCCCAUAUCAGGAAACCUGAAGUCUAUGCCUGGAAUGUGAUGAUCAGAGGGUUCGAUCGUUGCGCUUUGCCGGGGGAUGCCGUUCGCUUCUACGGUGAUAUGUUGAAGUCCGGCGUUCGGCCGACGAGUUUCACGUUCUCUUCGGUGAUCAAGGCGUGUAGCCGGUCGUCGUCGUUGAGAUUGGGAGAGGAGAUUCAUGGGCAUGUUUUCAAAGGAGGUUUUGGUUCGGAGGUAUUUGUCCAGACCUCUUUGGUUGAUUUCUACUCGAAUUUGGGGGAGAUUAACCGUGCACGUAAGGUGUUUGAUGAAAUGACUCUGAGAGAUGCGGUUGCUUGGACUGCCAUGAUUGCAGGUCACGCGAAGGCCGGAGACGUGGAAUCGGCAAGGAAGCUCUUUGAACUGAUGUCGGAGAAGAGCACGGUUUCAUGGAACACCAUGAUUGCUGCAUAUGCUAGGUCGGGUGAUGUAGAUGCUGCUGCAUCCUUGUUCGAUUCAAUGACUAACAAGGAUUUGGUUUCUUGGACCUCCAUGAUUUACUGCUAUGCUCAGAACAGGUGUUUUAAGAAGGCUGUAAUGGAAUUUGAGAGGAUGCAGAUGGCUGGUGUCGAUCCUGAUGAAGUCACACUGUCGACUGUGAUAUCAGCUUGCGCUCACCUGGGAGCUCUUGAAAUAGGGAAGAAAAUACAUUUUUUCAUAUCGCAGCAUGAACAAAUUUUUUUAGAUGUUUAUAUAGGGUCUGCAUUGAUCGACAUGUAUGCAAAGUGUGGGAGCAUUGAGAGAGCUUUGUUGGUUUUCUUCAAAUUACACGAGAAGAAUCUCUUUUGUUGGAACUCUUUGGUUGAGGGCCUUGCCAUGCAUGGGUAUGCUGUUGAAGCAAUAGCUUUGUUUAGAAGGAUGGAGAUGGAGAAGAAGGUGAUACCAAAUGGAGUUACCUUUGUUAGCGUCCUUAGUGCUUGUGCUCAUGCUGGAUUAGUGGACGUUGGUCGUGAAGUUUUCUCAAGGAUGACUCGCAUCUAUGCCAUCAAACCAGAGAUUGAGCACCACGGUUGCAUGGUUGAUCUUCUUAGUCGUGCUGGUUACCUAGAAGAUGCAAUGGCUUUGAUAAAUGACAUGAAUAUGAAGCCAAAUGCAGUGAUCUGGGGAGCUUUGCUGGGUGGAUGCAGGACUCAUGGAAAUGUUGAACUUGGUGAAGUUGCUGUGAAGAACCUGAUCAUAUUGGAACCUCUUAACAGCGGCUACCAUGUCUUGUUGGCUAAUAUGUAUGCCAAAACCAACAGGUGGACUGAUGUAGCAAAAGUGAGGGGGAUGAUGAAAGGGAAAGGAGUUCAGAAGAGUCCUGGAUACAGUUCAAUUAUGGUGAAUGGGGUGGCUCAUGAGUUUCUUUCCUUUGAUGAUGUGCACCCAAAGUGUGAGGAGAUCUAUGAGUUACUGGAAGAAUUGGGACUGCAAUUGCGGCUUGCUGGAUAUGUACCUGAUCUUGGUCUCACGUGACAUUUGAGGAGAACAGUACCUGUUCGUUUUUAUUUCUAUGGCAGGGGAAGAACUGCUUUCCGGAGAGAUGGCAUUGUAGAAUCUCAAAGCUUUUCCAGGAAGGUGACAUGCAAUGCACAUACCUGACGCUGACCAACCUUAUGCUGGAAGUUUGCUGAUAAUAGUGACAUGGAAACUAUGGACGUGAAGAAAGAGAUGGCAGGAAUUCAUUUGUUUAACAAUGGAGAUGUAGCGACAUGAAGUGUACUGUAUUUUUUGGAAGAAGAUGGUUUUAAGCAUGAUUAGAGAUUCCAAGUACUCGGCCUCCAUAUGGAAGUGCCGCGGGCAUAUAGGGUUUUGGCAAGUCAGGAGAGAUUGUUCUAUAACCGGAGUAACGUAUUGCUUUGGGGUACUGGGAAGGUGGCUUGCUGCUUACAUCUUACUCGCUGCGGCAUGAUAACAUGCCAAAAUUUACAUUCUUGACGAGGUGGUUCUGUUGGAUAUAUGUGAAAUUAUUUAUUUCAUUACUAA